UCCCCUAAAAAACAUUAAAAAUAAAUUCACAUUUUUCUAUCUUUAAAUUUGGUAACUCAUAUGUAACCUCUUUUAUCCAUGUAAAGGCAACCUCCUUUUUUGGGAUCUUCAAAUUUAAUUAGGAGAACCCAUAGAAAUUUAUUCUAGUUGCAAGAUCGGAAAGGAUUUAAUUGAAUUUCAGCGGUAAAUUAUAUCGCGGAAUUAAGGUAAAAAUAAAAACAAAUUGUUAAACUUCUUUGGAAAAAAAAAACAUUUUUAGCAAAAAUUGUUUUGGUAUCAUCAAUGGCAGAGUUACAUCAUCCUAAGGGGACUAAUUCAACUUAAAUCUUUCGUCCGAAAAUCAUAUUGUAUUCCACAAGGUUUUUCUAUCAAAUCUUCUUAUUAAAAUUUCUGACAUCGCCCAAGAUGAGGCUAAUAAUUACCAUAGGCAUAUGUUUGGUCAUGGCAACACAAGUGAAUAGUUUUGUGGGCAUCACAUGGGGAAGGCAACAAACACAACAAUUGGUUCCAUCUAUGGUUGUUGAUUUGCUUUUACAAAAUAAAAUUUCACAAUUGAGAUUAAUGACUUCAGGGUAUGAUAUUAUUGAAAUAUUUUCAGGCACUAAUAUUAGUGUUAGUGUUUUGAUGGGAAAUUCAUUUAUGUAUCAAGCAAAUAGGAAAGACCUUGCAUAUAAUUGGGUAAAUGAUAGAAUCAAGGAUCCAAUCAACAAAGGUGCAAACAUAGUGGAACUAACGGUGGGGUCCGAACCAUUUUCUAAUACGUUCUUAAAACAAGUAACGAACUACAAUGUGGUGCCCGUGUUAAAACUCAUGCGAGAAAGUCUCGAUGAGAUGGGUUUAGGUCAUGUUAGAACAACGACUGCACAUGGUAUGGAUGUAUUGAAUCACACAAAAGUUCCAUCGGAGUCAGACUUUCGCGAUGACAUAAAACCACAAAUGAUCGAAUCACUAGCGGAGUUCAAUCGAACCGGAGCUCCCUUUGUUCUCAUCAUGUUCCCAAUUCAUUUCGUUAAAGACGUAAUGAAUUACACCAUAGAGUUUGCGUUCUUUGAUAAUAAUAGCGGAUUUAAAAUCAAAGAUGGUAAUAUUACAUACACAAACGCUGUGGAGUUAAUGAUCGAUUCCAUUGCGUGGGCAAUAAAAAAAGCAGGAUAUGAAAAUAUGAAAAUUAUGAUUGCUCAAAUUGGAUGGCCCACUGAUGGAUAUCCACAUGCAAAUAUUAAAAAUGCAGAGAGAUUUCACAAAGGGUUAUUGAAAUUUAUAACAUCAAAAAAAGGGACACCAAUGAAGCCAGGGCCAAUUGACAUAUAUCUACAUAGCUUGUGUGAUGAGAAUAAAUUUCACAAGAUGUUUGGUUCAUUUCAAAGACAUUGGGGUAUUUACCAGGCAGAUGGCAAUCCAAAGUACAAGAUUGAUUUAUCAUUACAGGGCCGUGACGUGUUACCUACUCAAGCUAAGGGCAUUGUGAAAAUGCCAAAUCGAUGGUGCAAGUUCAAUGGGGACACAACAAACAUGGAUUUGGUGAAUAAGAAUUAUGAUUUAGCAUGUCAAGUUUCAGAUUGUUCACAAUUGGAACAAGGAGCUUCAUGUGAUGGACUAAGUUAUGCUUCCAAAGUUUCAUAUGCUAUGAAUGCAUUUUUUCAGAAAAACAAACAAGAAGUAAAAGAUUGUGAUUUUGAUGGUUUAGGUCAAAUUGUAGCAACAAAUCCCUCUGAGCCAAAUUGUGAGUUUCCCAUUGAGAUAUUGUCAUUCCAAGAUCAAAGGGUUCAAAAUGGUAUGGUUUUAAGAGUUUGA